AUGGCAAGUAGUAGUGGACCGAGUGGAGCUAGUGUGCAUGGUGGUCUUGAUGUGGCAUGGAAAUAUGCUCGUCCAAUAGAAGGCAAUAAGCAUGGCACCAUAUGCACAUUUUGUGAAUCCACAUUUAAAAGUGGUGGAAUUACACGGUUAAAGUAUCAUUUGGCCGGAUUUGAUCCACAUAAGAGUGUAAAGAAGUGCAAAGAAGUACCACCAGAUAUUAAGAAGGAGGUAAUUGCAUGGAUAAAGGAGAAAGAGUCUAGCAAACAACAUAAGAAAUUUGUUGAAGAAAACAUAAGAUCUACAACAAGAGAGGGAUACAUGGGCAAUAAAAGUAGCAAUCCUGUUGAUGAUGAAGAUGACGAUGAUGACGAUGGAUAUGCAUAUCCUCCAGACAUGCACCCUGCUGAGAAAGAAGAUUACCUUGCUACCAUUAGAGCGUCGAAGCAAGAACGGUUUAGACAAGGAGGAGUUUAUGAAAUAGGAAGCAAACGAUUUGCAGGGGGAGCAAGUGGUAGUAGUCAACCGCAAUACUGUUGCACUCAAAGCCUUCGAGACCCACUUCCAUCUCCUCUGGUAUCAAUGCCACACAAGAACACUAGAGCAAAACAGAGAACAAUCAAAGGCAUGAUUAGAAACUCAGCAGAGGUACUUGGAAGAUACUGCAGCAAAUUCUUCAUACUUGAGAAUGUGGCUCCUCAAAAAGCAAGUUCCCCUUAUUUCAAGAAUAUGAUUGUUGCAGCCCAACAAGCAGGUCAAGGAGUAGCCACACCAUCACCGUAUGAAAUAAAGCAUAAGUACUUAGAUAUGGAACACACAGACAUGCAAGCCUAUGUGGAAAAGGUAAAGGAAGAUUGGGGCGUGUAUGGAUGCACCAUCAUGAGUGAUGGAUGGACUGGCCCCACGAGGUUGUCCAUAAUAAAUUUCAUGGUCUAUUCAAACGGGAAAACAAUUUUUUUGAAAUCAGUGGAUGCUUCAAAUAAAACCAAGGAUGCAAAGUACAUUGCCAAAUUGUUGAAGGAUGUCAUAAAAGAGGUUGGGCCGUCGAAUGUUGUUCAUAUUGUCACCGACAAUGGUUUAGCCUUUGUUAAGGCUGGACAGAUGAUGAUGGAGCGGUACCCUAUUUAUUGGACUCCUUGUGCUGCACAUUGCAUUGAUUUAAUAUUUGAAGAUAUUGGGAAGCAAGAGUCGGUGGCUAAUGUCAUAAAUAAGGCUAGGAAAUUAACCAACUACAUUUACAAUCAUAGUUGGCUAUUGGCUCAGAUGAGGAUCUUCUGUCAAGGAGAUUUGGUCCGACCCGGUGCAACUCGAUUUGCGACAAACUACAUCACCAUCAAUAGCAUCUUAAAUAAGAAAGCUGGGUUGAAGCAACUUUUUACAAGUGAGGAAUGGUAUAAUAGUCGAUUUAGUGAAUCAGAAGAGGGGAAGAGAAUUGAAAGUCGAGUCCUUGAUCAUAGAUUCUGGGAUGCCAUGGAAGGAGUGCAAUCCAUCUAUGAGCCUUUGUAUAGCAUCUUGCGAAUUGUUGACACAGAGGUAGUUCCUACCAUGCCUAUCUUAUAUGAUAUGUUUCACAUAAUGAAAGAGAAGAUUUCUAAGUUGAAGGGAAAAAAAUGGCUUCUCAAAAUCAUCAAUCACAGAUGGGAUGUCACAUUAUCUCGUCCAUUACAUCAAGCUGGUAUGUUUUAA